GGAAACCAUCUACAUCAGGGUCAAUUGGUGCUACAUGUCACAAAGAAAAGUGCAGUUGCCCAACAUACUAGAAUACUGGUAUCCAAUAGUUUUUGAAAACUAAAGAAAUAGUCAAGGGUCUAAUUAAUAUACCUGUAUAUUCUCCAAUUUCUCAUUACAUUGUACCUUCCUCAUUCUUGAUUUUUCCCUGUAAGAUCAUUCAACAAUAUCAACUCAAAUACCACAUACAAAGCUUUUCUUCUCUCCUACCACAAAUAUAUUAUCUGUCCUCAGAAACACAAACAAACCUGCAAGUGCUAUCAGGCAAAGAAAUGGCUGAAAGUGCAGUCACCUUUUUGGUGGACAGGCUCACGACAUUACUCGAAGAAGAGGUGAAACUCUUGUCCGGGAUCCGAGAACAGGUCGAGGACCUGGUUGAUGAAUUGGAGCGCAUCAAGGCCUUCUUAAGGGUUGCUGAUGCAAAGGAAGACAGCAAUCCUCAGCUCAAAGUGUGGGUUAAACAAGUCAGAGAUGUAGCUCAUGAAAUGGAAGAUGCCCUUGAUAAAUUCAGGCUUUUCCAUUCACACGAUCACGGUCAUGGAUUCCAAGCUUCCCUUCAUAAGCUUUCUUGUAUCAUCAAGAAAUGGAAAGCUAAGCAUCAAAUUUCUGCUGAUAUUCAAAGAAUAAACUCAAAAGUCAAAAACCUCUACGAGGGACAUGAGAGAUACAAACUUGUUGACCAAGCUGGCUCCAACUCUGCUCGUCUGGUUCAGCACCACAAGUUUGAUCAAGGGGAUGCCCUUUUACUGGAAGAGGCUGAUCUUGUGGCCAUUGGCGAGCGCAAAAAGCAACUGAUUGAGUUGCUUAUGAAGGAAGACACUGGACGCCAGGUGGUUCCAAUAGUUGGGAUGGGUGGACUGGGGAAAACUACCUUGGUAAAGCAAGUCUACGAGGAUCCAAAAGUUCAGAAACGUUUCAAGGUACAUGCUUGGAUCACUGUUUCUCAAUCAUUCAAGACAAGUCAGCUCCUAAGACACAUGAUCAAUAAUAUCUUCAAAGUUAUCCAGAAACCGGUUCCUGAAGAUGAAGAAGUUGAAACCAUGGAUAACAAUCAGCUAAGAGAGAGAAUCAAAAAAUUGCUGCAGAAUAGUAGGUACCUGAUUGUUCUUGAUGGUAUAUGGCAUAUAUCGGACUGGGAUGCCAUCAAUCAUGUAAUGCCGAACAACAAUCGUGGUAGUCGAGUAAUGCUCACUACUCGCUAUGUUAAUGUAGCCUCUGCCUCUUGCUUGGGGAACCAUGACAUGCUCUACCAUUUAGAGCCCUUAUCUCCAGAGGAUUCUUGGACUCUUUUCUGUAAGAAGACAUUUCAUGGAGAGUCAUGCCCACCAAAUUUGGAGGAAAUUUGUCAAUCCAUCCUGAUGAAAUGCAGGGGACUGCCCCUUGCAAUUGUGGCCAUCAGCUCUGUACUAGCUUUAAAAGACAAGAGAAAUGUGGAUGAAUGGGCUGCUGUUUCUGGAAGCAUUGGAGCUGAAAUUGACGGAAAUGAUCAACUUUACAACCUGAAAAAAUUUCUGUAUCUCAGUUACAGUGAUUUACCAUACCAUCUGAAAUCUUGUUUCUUAUAUCUGAGCAUCUUUCCUGAUCUCUACAAAAUUGAGCAUAUGAAAUUAAUUCGGUUAUGGUUAGCUGAAGGAUUUGUUAUUGGAAAAGAGGGAAGGACACCAGAAGAAGCUGCAGAGAGUUACCUCAGAGAGUUAUUGGACAGAAGUUUGAUUCAAGCAGCAGAAACAUCAACUGAUGGGAGAGUUAAAUCAUAUCGCAUCCAUGAUCUUUUACGGGAGAUUGUCAUUUUGAAGUCUAAAGAGCAAAACUUUGCAGCAAUAGAAAAAGAUCAAGGUACAAUGUGGCCUGAUGAGAAAGUUCGAAGACUAUCAAUAGUCAACACGCUGCAGAAUAUACAUCAAAAGAGGACACCAUCCCGACUUCGUUCGUUGCUCGUUUUUGGGGUAGAAGAUUCACUUACUGAUUUUCCCAUACCAAAAUUGUUUCAUACCAGUCUUCAGUUGCUUACUGUAUUAGACUUAGAAGGUGCACAUCUGGAAAUGUUUCCAAUUGAGGUUGUCAAGCUUCUUCUUCUCAAGUACCUUAGCUUGAGGCAUACAAAGGUAAAACAAAUUCCAAGUUCCAUCAAGAAGCUACAAAACCUAGAGACCUUGGACCUUAAACAUUCGCAUGUUGUUGAAUUACCUGCUGAGAUUUUGAAUCUCAAGCGACUUCGUCAUCUCCUGGUUUAUCGUUAUGAGGUUGAGUCAUAUGCCCGAUUUAAUGCCAGAAAAGGAGUUAAGAUUCCGGCAGGGAUAAGUAGCUUGCAAUCGCUCCAAAAGCUCUGCUUUAUAGAGGCAAAUCAAUACAGUGGUGCUUUAAUGGCAGAGCUUGGGAGAAUGAACCAACUAAGGAGGUUAGGCAUUUAUAAGUUGAGAGAAGAACAUGGGGCCACCUUAUGCUCAUCCGUCCAAAAUAUGACCAGCCUUCGCUCGUUGUCUGUAUUUUCAGCAGAGAAAGAGAAGAUAAUUGAUCUUAGCCACAUUUCUCGUGCUCCUCCAUUUCUUCAGCGACUAUACUUGGCAGGGCGUUUAGAAAACUUACCCCACUGGAUUUCUUCUCUUCAAAACCUGGUCAGACUGUUUCUAAAAUGGAGUCGGCUGAAGGAGGAUCCUCUAGUACAUCUUCGGGGUUUGCCAAACCUGGUACAUCUUGAACUUUUACAAGUUUAUGAUGGAGAAAGCUUGCACUUUGAGGCAGGAGGGUUUCCAAGUCUGAAGUUAUUAGGUAUUGAUAAAUUGGAUGAGCUACAAUCAGUAACCAUAGAGGAGGGAGCAAUGCCUUGUCUAGAAAAGCUAAUUAUCCAGCGCUGCAAAUGCUUGAAGAAGGUCCCAUCUGGCAUUGAACAUUUAACCAAUUUAAAGCUGCUUGAGUUUUUCGAUAUGCCAGAUGAAUUAAUCAUGCCACUACAUCCAGAUGGUGGAGAAGAUCACUGGAAAGUCGCUCAUGUUCCAGCUGUUUAUUAUUCAUAUUGGAGAGGUGGGGGUUGGGACGUCUAUUCACUAUUCAAUGAUGUAAAGAGUUUUAAUUCGGGUACUUCUGCCGUGAGGAGGCUCGAACCUAAUAUUCUAGGGAAGGUGUAGUUCUGGAUUCUGCUUAUAAACUGAAGAGAAUCUUUUGCUGCAACUGACGAACUGCUAAUGACUGAACUUCUACCACUGCAAGGAUAUGAGUUUCUUUAUAUUUUUUUAUUUUUUAUUCUUCCAUUCUUUUAUGCCUAGGAAAUAAUUGUGCAGUAUUCAGGACAUGGUUUUUACCUGUUGACUAAAGUUGUUGGUAGAUGCAUUUUCAAUUUACCUGUACUAUUUUUAAGUUGUAACUAUUGUACGGAUCAAGUUUUCUUCUUCUCUUCAGAGCUUUUGGGUAACAUUGUUUUUGGAGGUUGUACGACAUGGGAUCUUUUUGAAGGGAAUCUUAUUCAUAGAGUGUCUUCACCUCAUUA